AUGGAUAAGCAAUGGACGUGGAAUGAAAUCAAAAAUCACCCAGCUUGGAAGAGAUUGGACACAUUUGAUUGUGGUUUCAGCGCCUCAGAUCGAAUCAUCGGAGGCAUGAACGCCGCUUUAGGACAAUUCCCUUGGAUCGUACGCAUUGGAUACAAAGUUGAUGGUGAGGAUGAUCUUGACUGGAUGUGCGGUGGAGCGUUGGUAACCGACCGUCAUAUUCUGACGGCAGCCCAUUGCAUCCAGACCUCGGGAGAAGGUUUUGAGUUAUCGGCUAUUCGUAUGGGUGAGCACAACACAGAGACAGAUCCAGAUUGUCAACUGCAUCUGUGUGCGCCGCGCUAUCAAGACAGAAAAGUAAAGCUAAAGAAAAUACACCCGAAUUUUAACAAACCAGCUUUUCACAACGACAUUGGUAUCAUUCUCCUUGACAAGCCAGUCCAAAUAAAUGAUUAUGUAUCGCCAAUAUGUUUGCCACGUGGAGAGCAACUAUCUGAUCUAAAAAUUGGAGAGUUGCUUACAGUUGCCGGCUGGGGUAAAAUGAACAUGACUACAGAGGAACGAGCUAAAGUAUUGCAGUUCGUUUCGGUUCCAAUUGUAAAACCAGAAACCUGUGGGGCGUUUAGUAAAGGGUUUAAAUUAUCAAAAUCGGAGAUAUGUGCGGGUGCGCAGCUCAACAAGGACGCGUGUGGAGGUGACUCAGGAGGACCUCUCAUGAAGGUGUUUGAUACUCCAGAGGGACCAAAAAGUCAUUUAAUGGGUGUGGUAUCGUUUGGACCAACGAUUUGUGGCAUCAGGAAACCGGCAGUGUACGCAUCAGUUUCACAUUUUAUAAAAUGGAUUUUAGAUAACAUACUGCAUUGUUCUUGAUGUAUCAAACCAAUCUUGUUUAUCAUAUUUAUCAUUGUUUAUACGUAGGGACUAAUUAUGUACGCUAGUGCAAUUUCAAACUAUUAUUAUAUUUUGUAAGUAAUGUAAUAACUAAGUUAUAUUAAGUAAACCUCCUAUAAAUAAGUUAGAACUAGACGAAAUUUAAAUCGGUCCACAUGGUAUGAACCAGAUUUCAAAUAAAAAAAAGAAUCGUAAAAAUCGGUUCAUCCAGUAAAUAGUAUUGAGGUAACAAUUAUAAAAUAAAUACAGUCAAGUUGAUUUUAGAAACAGUUUCAAUACGGAUGACCUCAUCUUUGGACCAGUGAUUUUCGCGUGAGCGCAGAAUUAAGGUUUCUGGGGUCGAUUCCCGAUGUGGUCUCACAAAAAAUAUGUCUCGGUCAGGAACGACACAGAAUGUCACACCUAUUUGUCUAUCAGUGAUGUAAAUUUAUGUCAUCUGCGCGGUCACUUUUUUAUUAGUCUAGAUUUUUUUUUAAUCAGAUCUAAUGGAUAAUUGAAGUGGAUUCUAAGAAAUUAAUUACAAACUGUAUUAAUUACAUACAUACAUACCAUACAAUAAAAAAAAAUACUUAACCUGCAAUUCCUCCUUUAUUCCUACUAGCAGGGCUACUAUGACGUACUUACUUACGUUACGUACUAGCAGUACUUAUUCCAGUGUGCGAAAAAGACAGAGCUAUAGGCUGUGUAGUGCCAUUGCUUUUACACUAAGGUAUUAAUACUGCUUUGAAACGUCAUGGUAAUUCCCAGUUCUGGCUAAUGUUAAAAAAACCUUAAAAAAAUCAGAUCUAGAUUUAAGUCUAUCGCAACUAGCGACUUUAUUUGAGCGAUUAAUA